AUGAUCGAGGUGACCUUAAACGACCGACUGGGCAAGAAGAUCCGCGUCAAGUGCAAUGAGGAUGAUACAGUGGGAGAUUUAAAGAAGCUGGUGGCAGCACAGGUGGGCACGCGACCUGAAAAGAUUCGUAUUCAAAAGUGGUAUACGAUUUACAAGGACCAUAUCACGCUCGAAGACUAUGAGAUUCACGAUGGCAUGGGACUUGAGCUUUAUUACACAUAA